AUGUAUUUUUUUUAAAACCAAACAGACAUUUAGGUGUAUCAUGGAGCUUACACACAUUUAAUAAUAUUUUUAAUGGCACUGCUUUUAUUUUGGAGAAAGUUUCCCCUUUCAUACUUAUUUUCAUACUGGAUUUUCAUUUCCCUUUUUGCUUUUUUAAAAAUUGCAGUCAAAACACAGAUGUAUCAGCUUUGGGUAACUGCAGAGUGGAGCUGCUUUACUCUUGCCCGUCUCCCUACCCCAUCGCACUGGCACAACUUCCAAACUUUCACACACCUAACCGUGCUUCUAAACAGGGUGUGGUAAGCAUCUUCAUGACGUAUAUUCCAGAGCCAUAGAGGUUUGAAGAGUUGAGUACAACCAAGCUGGUAACCAACCAUGGCUGAAGGAGGAUUUGAUCCCUGUGAAUGUAUUUGCUCUCAUGAACACGCUAUGAGAAGACUUAUCAAUCUGCUCCGGCAGUCCCAGUCCUACUGCACCGACACAGAAUGCCUUCGGGAAUUGCCAGGACCCUCCGGCGACAGUGGCAUCAGCAUCACUGUGAUCUUGAUGGCCUGGAUGGUGAUCGCCGUGCUCCUCUUCCUACUCAGGCCUCCUAACCUGAGAGGCUCCAGCCUUCCUGGAAAGCCCUCCAGUCCUCACAGUGGACAGGACCCGCCGGCCCCUCCUGUGGACUAACAUCCUGGUGUGGGAAGCAGUGAUUGACACCCUGCACGACCGAACGACUGAAGAUGACCAGGCACUAACUGUCUCUCCUUUUCCAUCUGCCGUUUGGAUGGUAUUGUUUUCAUGAGCUUGUAGAAAUUUCACUUGCCAACUGCCUUUUGCUUCCUGUGUUGCCACAGUUCUUAUUUACAGUAUACCUGAGUAAAUGAUUUUAUUGAAAAGUUGAGGGCUGUGUUGGUUGGCCUGAGCUUAAACAUUCCAUUCAUUCUCCCUGGAACCCUGACCGUAGGGUCUGUGGUGGUUUCUGGCCCAACUGAAGGAAAAUUAAGAUUUCUGCAUUUAAGAUUCUAUUUUAAGUGGUUUUGAUAGACUUUAAUUCUUUUCAUAAAGUAUUUAUUUGGGGUUGUCUGGUAUGAGUGACAGAGCCACGCUGUAGUCACUUACUGUGGCAGUUUAUCUGUGGGUGGCAGUUUUCUGUAGUCCUUGACGGUGACGCUUCAGAACAUUUUCCUUACAAAGUCCAGCUGGCUUAUAUGGCUAGAAUAGGAAAAUCGAAUUGGUUGUUUACUGAUUUUUUUUUAAAUUCCCAUUAAAGAUUUGAUGUUAAGAAUACUUUAAAUAAACAUGAUUGAUUAAUAUAA